AUGAGAAGACGAGAAGUUUCCUGGUUGGUAAUCCAGAGCAGCCAUGGACCAAGACUUGAGAGAAGAACUUGGAAUGGAGCUGAUGAUGAAGGAAUAAAGCCAACCCCGGACGGACAACGAAGAAGACACCCCGAAACUCCAAAUGCUGACCAAAUGAUGAACGCCCAGGACAAUAGCGACCCAAGUGCCCUGAAACAUGGACGGAUACCCCGAAUGACGCAACGCCCAGAACGAGUGAGUGAUGAAUACCCUGAAGGACGACCCAGAAUCCCGAAUGCCGAUGAUUUCGAGUGGAACACUCCGAAUGCCGACGGUAGCCCAAAGUACAUCCCGGAUACCGGACCUUGA